CAUUGUCAAACACAAUGUUAAAUGCACAAAAUAUUAUUGGAGCCACAGACGCGAGCCACUCAAAUUUUGUAUGUAAACAAUACGUAAUUGUAUACACAGUUCACGAGAGGUUAGAUUCGCGCGACCUGAAGGAAAUCCACGACAUAUCUACUUCCAUGUCUAUAAUCGACGUCGUUAACGUCUUUCACUUCCGUUUAGAAGUUCCUUGGACACACGUUCGCCUUUAGUUACUUGUGCAUCGCAGUCACGCAAUUGGGUAAAACAGGACAAAAGCUGUAGUCCAAGUGGUCAGCGGCGUCGGCCUCGUCGCCCGUCGUCGCCCAAGCACAUCAUCGCCAUUGGAGUAUUCGAGUGUUUGGAGUUUUGUGCAGUUUUGUGUCUGCUUUCCGCUUUCCGCUUUGCUUGAAGUGCAUGGUUAAAGCCAAGCGGUUAGAGUGGGUUAGAGACUGGAGAUAUUGACCUGCUGUAUACGUUGACAGAAAACGCAAAUAAGAUUAAAAAAACUCAUAGAUUACAUGUAAAGAACAAAAAUACAAGAUAAUAUUCAAAUAUAGUAAUAAAUUUAAUAAUAUUUAAAUCUAAUUAUAAGAAAAUGGCAGAAGAAAGCAAAAAAAUUUCUUUUGGUUUCGCGAAGUCUAUAAAGAAGCCGCUUUUGGAGAAACAGAAGCUACAGGAGAAAAAAGUGGAUUAUAUCGAGUGUCUAGAUGAAAAGGCGAUUAAGGUGAUUGGGAAAGAAGAGAAAAAAGAAGAACCUCUUGUCAUUCCAUUACUGGAAUCUAAUACUUGGCAUGAUAGAAUCAUUAAUAGAAUAGAUGCUUCAAAGUCAAAAAUAAAUAAUGACAAUAUACAAAAUGUCAAGGUUAAAGAAGAAUCAAAUAGAAUAUCUAAUGGUGAUUUAACACCAAUUAAAACUCCCUCUAACGUACAAAUAAAAACAGAAUCAUCCCCCAAAAGUAAAACCCUUACUUUGGAUGAGCAGGCAGCUAAAGAAAUUAUAGAAGACCUUAACUCAACAGAAAAAAAUGAGGGAGAGUUAUGUGAUAUAACUUUAUCCUUAGUUAAGGGACAAGGUUUAAAGGAUGCGGAAGAAAGUACAUUAGAAGAUUAUGAAAAGGUACCACUAGAUCUCUUUGGUUCAGCCAUGUUAAGAGGUAUGGGAUGGAAACCUGGUGAAGGAAUUGGUAAAAAUCCCAAGCUUGUAAAACCCGUUGUACCUGAAUUACGGCCAAUAGGGAUGGGACUUGGUGCAGACAAGGUAGCAGUGCAAAAACCAGGUGGAAAAUCUCAAAAAGAAGAAGAAGAAUUAGUAAUACAGAAAGGAAGUUUUAUAAAAAUCAUAACUGGCAAGCGAGCUAAUACUUAUGGCCAAAUUGAAGGAUUUGACGAUGCGGGAAGAUUAAUCGUGAAAAUGGCACUGAAUGGAAAUACCAUCUCUGUGAACGAGUCCAUAGUUCAAGCAGUGACAAAGGCGGAAUAUUCGAAAAAUUCUAAAGUUCUAAAUGUUGCUAAAUAUGAAGAGCAUAAGAAGAAGGAAGAUACUCGUAAACGAAGAUCCAUAUCGUUGGAAAAUUUGAACAGUAACAGCGAUUCGGAUGUACCUGAAAAGAAAAGAAAGCACAAAGAGAACAACCAUGAACACAGAUCGAAGAAAUCGAGUAAAAAAUCAAAACGAAGGGAUUCAUCCGACAGUGAGAAUGACAGUGACAGUGACAAUAAGAAAAGAGAUAGAAGUCGGAGGCGCUCUAGUAGUAGCGAUAGGACUAAAAGGACAAAGAAGUCUAAGAAGCAUAAAGGAAGAGAUAAGGAACGUGAACGACGAAAAGAUAAAAUAUCAUUUGAAUCUUCCAAUAGAAAAAAAUCCAAAAAACAUAGAUCUCGAUCAUCUAGUAGACGAUAACGUAUAAAUCGCAAUAUAUAAUAUGUAUACAUGAUUUAUGUUCUAUAUUAACUUAUACAAUUUUAUUUGUAUUCCCUUUUUUUUAAUAAAACUUAUUUUUCCAUGGA